GUUGACUGUAAAAAUGUACGUUUAUUGAGUUCGUUUGUGAUUUUGAACUGUUUUCAAGGCAAUUUUAUGUUUUGUCAUAUAUUAUGGCCGUCAUAUAAUGUAAGAAUGUGUUAAGCAAUUUAGAUUGUUUGAAAUAUGGGCGAUACUUUGUGGGAAGACCGCGAUGUACGCUUUGACAUCACUUUGCAACAAAUGAAAAUGAGAAAUGGAGAGGUGCAAAUUGACAAGCUAGAUUCAGUAGAGGACACAAAGGGAAAUAAUGGUGACAGAGGACGGUUGAUUGUUACCAACCUACGAAUUAUAUGGCACUCUCAAACAAUGCAACGUGUCAAUCUUUCUGUUGGAUUUGGAUGUAUCGUUAAUCUCUCAACAAGAGUUGCAACAUCAAAACUUCGCGGCCAAACGGAAUCUCUGUACCUUUUGACGAGGUGUAAUCACACAAGAUUUGAAUUUAUUUUUACUAACCUGGUGUCAGGAAGCCCAAGAUUAUUUUCGACUGUGAUGUCAGUUUUUAGAGCCUAUGAAUCAUCGAAACUAUAUCGUGACUUGAAACUGCGGGGUGCUUUGAUUGAAAACAAACAACUUCGUAUUCUUCCUCUGGAACAAGUCUAUGACAAGAUCAAUGGUGUAUGGAAUUUAUCAAGUGACCAGGGUAAUCUUGGCACAUUUUACAUAACUAACGUACGCUUGGUCUGGCAUGCAAACAUGAAUGACAGUUUCAAUGUCAGCAUUCCUUAUCUGCAAAUGAAAUCUGUUCGUAUUCGGGAUUCAAAAUUUGGGCUGGCGUUGGUCCUGGAGACAUCGCAACAGAGCGGCGGGUACGUACUUGGUUUCCGUAUUGAUCCUGCAGAAAAGUUACAAGAUGCUGUCAAAGAAAUUCAGAGUCUUCAACGGGUUUAUAGCGCUAGUCCUAUAUUUGGAGUGGAAUUCGAGGCAGAAGAGAGGCCACAUACUCUACAAGAAGCAACAGUUGACCCAGUACUCGAUGAUAUUGAGAUAACCAGUGAAGGCGAAGGAACUGAUGCAUUUGCAGCGUAUUUUGCAGACGGAGACAAGUCUAAAGACCGCGAGCCUGAAUAUAAUGCCGAACUUGGGUUGGCAAUAGAGAAAUUGAAAGAUGGAUUUACAUUACAGGGCCUUUGGGAGGUUGUGCCAAGUUGAUUUUCAUGUUUUUCUGCCAAAAAAUGUAAAUUAUCCCAUGAUGUAAAUAUGGAUGUUUUCGUAUUAAUAUAUUAAAUAAUUUAAUUAUAAGUGCAUGGACAGUGCAUGUUUACAUAAAACAACAAAACAUGUAGCAGUAUCUUCACUACUAGAAAUACAUGCAUGCAAAAUCCCCUCGCCUGAAGUAAUAAACCUAUAUUUCCAUUAGUGAAAUUCUAUAAUACUCGUUUCCGCUGAAUGAUCGAAGUCGUAUAAGUAAAAUCCUAUAUCAAGUACAAU